UGUUGAUAGCCGCGACUCUUGUGUUGGAAUUACAUGUCUCACUAUUUUAAAUAUAUCAGCAUAAUUUUAUUUGAAAUAUUCACGUCUAACUGUGAAAUAAUUAUAUUUUUAAAAUAUUUAUUAUUUAAUGAUCAUCAUAUUUUAAAAACAAUUUCUUAUUUAUUUGCGUUUUUAUUUUUUUCUGUGUUUAUUUUUCUUACUUUUGAGUUACGUAGUAUGAGUUUACCGGCAAGGCGCCAUUAAAACUAUCAAAGUAAUAACAUAUCGAGAUAAAAGAAUCACGUAAUCAUUCAUUUCUUUGUGCGACAUACACUGGUACGGUAACAGAUUCAAAUAAAGAAAUUUAAUUUUUUGUUUUUGUAUUGAAAUUAUUUGAUACAAUGGAAGAUUUUAAAAUGAUAAAAAGUUAUUCAAUACCCAAAGAAGAGAAAGUCAUUUUUGAAUGGAAAAUAGAUCAGUUUCUUUCAAUUAUGAAAUUUACCAUGGAUAACAAAAACGCCAAAACAAUCAGAUCACCUACUUUUAAAACUGUUGAAACAUCAUAUGGGUGGUAUUUAGAAAUAAAUUUUAAUUAUGAAAAUGAGUCUGUAGACAAAGAUUGGAUAUCAAUCAAAAUAAGAAAUUUUAGUGAUGAUCAAAUAACAGCGAAAUAUUCGCUAUUUAUUUUUGAUAAUAAAAAAAAAAAAAAGUUCGAAAAUAAACUAUACAAGAUAUUUAAAAGUAAUGAAAGUUGGUGUAUUUCGAAGUUUCUUAAUGUCAAUCAAUUAUUAGAAAAGAAAGAUAAAUUAUUACCUGAUAAUGCAUUGACAAUAUGCAUUAAGCUUACUGAGUUUAUUGAUUGUUCUUAUUCUUAUUCACCCACCAUUAAGAUUCCGUUAAAAACUUCAAACCAUAAUAUUGUCCACGAUUCGAAAGAACUUUUUGAUAGUAAAGCAGGAAGUGAUGUUGUUCUAGUUGUGGGUGAUAAAAAAAUUCCAGCUCACAAAACUUUUCUGAUGUUUCGAAGCCCCGUAUUUUUUGCAAUGUUUACACAUCAGCUGAAAGAAAACCGAGAAAAUGAAGUAGACAUUCCUGAUAUGGAUCCUGAUGUAUGUGAGAAGCUGUUAGAAUUUAUAUAUACGGACAAUGUGACUAAUCUUGGUGAAGUUUCUGACCGUUUACACGAAGUGGCAGAUAAAUAUCAGUUACCAGCUCUUAAAGAAUUAUGUGAAGAAUCAUGCUGUAAAAAUGUAAAUGUUGAAAAUGCCGUUAAAUAUCUCGUUUUACUAGACCGUCAUAAUGCUGGUGAAGAAUUUUUUAAGUAUAUCCUUGAUUUCAUCGCAAUCAAUUCCAAGAAUAUUAUCGAAACCCCCGAAUUUAAAGCCUUGGAAAAAACUAAUCCAGAAUUAUCAUUAACUAUAGUGACGAAAAUUUGCAGUAUCAAAUAAAAAAAAAAAAAGAUCAACGUUUUGGUAAUCCGAGACUGCAACAUAUGCCGUAUAUACUUAAAAAAAUUAUUAUCAGUUAUAAUCCAUAAUUUUGCGCUUAAUUUAAAUCUUAUUACUACUUUUUUUACAAUUGCUUUCAUUUUGAUGAUACAAUGUACAAUGAUUAUAUCCGUUAUUCUAAUACGUUCAUUAACAUCCGCUGGUUCAUCUUCAUAAAAGCGUAUUUUAUUUAAAAAUCGAUUAUUUGUAUUCUUAAAUUUUUAAUAAAUACAUAUUCAUAAAAAACAAAUCAUAACUACGGAUAAAUUUAAAUAAAGAACAACUUCAUUGGUAUAUAUUUUUAUUUUUCUUUAUGAUACAUUUGAAAAAAUCAAAAAUUGAACCUCAUGU